AUGUUAUGUUCGACAAUGUACAAUUGCAAGGAUAUCAAAGGAUGUCAUCUUUCACGUGAAAUAGUACCUAAAGUAAUGUUUUGCCCAGACCGGAAGUUGAAGCCGAAUUUCCAUGCGAAAGGGUUUAAUUUUUAUUUUGUUAUUGGUUUGAUCCCUGGAGAAGAAGCACGACUACUUCGAGGAGACGACAUGGACCACAGCCACUGGUGGUAUCCCAGUGAAGCCCCGGCCACGGCUGCACAGCAGGUGACAUGGCGACCGUCCACAGACGGCGAGCGUCUCAUUGGCCGAAUUCUGCUAAACAAGACCAUGAAGGACGGCUCAAUUCACGCAGACACUGGCACGCUGCUCGGACUCAAGGUGGUUGGCGGGAAGAUGACAGAUUCUGGUCAUCUGUGUGCAUUCAUCACCAAAGUGAAACGAGGAAGCCUAGCAGAUGUUGUGGGGCACCUGCGAGCAGGUGAUCAGGUUGUGGAAUGGAAUGGUCACGUUCUGCAAGGCGCCACUUUCAACGACGUUUACAACAUCAUCCUGGAGUCCAAAGCCGAGCCACAAGUGGAGCUGUUGGUGUCGCGACCAAUUAGAUCUGCAGACUCUUCCCAUUGCUCCAGUUCCACCUCCCUUGCCUCUCCGUUAAGCCCAAAUGCAAUGCAAGGACAGGUCUUGACUGAAAACACGUGUGUUCCGCUUCCCAGACUUCAGGUGAAGCUGUGGCAUGAUAGAGUCGGGCAUCAGUUGAUUGUCACCAUCCUCGGCGCUAAAGAACUCCCUGUUCGAAUAGACGGCCGGCCCCGGAACAUUUAUGUUGAAAUCUACUUACUUCCUGACAGAAGUGGCAAGAGUAAGCGGAGGACAAAGACCGUGAAGAAGUUGGCAGAACCUCGGUGGAACCAGACGUUCAUGUACUCACCGAUCCACGAACGGGACUUCCGAGAGCGCACGUUGGAGUUGACGGUGUGGGAUCAAGCCGGCGUUGCCGAGGAAGAGAGUCAGUUCCUUGGAGAGGUUGUGAUUGGGCUAGAGAAGACCACACUGCUGGAUGAUCAGCCUCAUUGGUUCAAACUUCACAGGAACACUUUUGCCUCUCUGCCGCGAGCCAACACCUCUCCCUACCUCCACAGGAGAGCACUCCGGGAUGGAUCCGGUGCCAGGAGGCUGCACUGUUCUCACAGGUUCAGUGAUGGAGACUUUUCCGAUUAUGACUGUGAGGACGUUAUUGGCGUGUUAUCAGACACCCGCCAGAAUGGCCAACACCUCUACACCUCUGCCUGCUCUUUGAAUGAGCACGGGCCAUCGUCUCGUCCCGGAUCGCGAUGUGACCCGAUCACUGCGAGGUGCUCGUCGCCAAGCCACUGCGCAAACCCUCUUUACCCGCUUUACCGUGAAGAUGCCGUGCGGAUGCUGCGAGGCUCAAAGAUCACCCGUGCCCAUUCUGAUGUCGGACGAUAUGGCAGCCUGGACAAGAGGUUAUUGAGGAGAAGGUCUGGGGCCAUCUCUCUUGACUCUCAUGAUUGUUACUCCGGAGGCUUCUGUAAUACUCCCUGGUCGGACCACAAGACAAAUGGGAGCGUUGAGGACUUCAGCCAGAACUUCAUCCCAAACAUACCCUUGGAAACACAACCCUUCGAUGAGGAACUGUUAAGGGUCGACCGCCGCGAUGGUUCGCUCCAUUUGAGUCCGACAGGAAGCCCCGACUGCGGUCGCAGAGUACGUCAAUUGCCUACAAUUCCACCCAAAGGUGCUCCGGACGCACCAUGCACCACACCAACUGGUGCUGGAGGUCCACCCACUCCUCAUCUCUCGCAAUCCCCCUCGCACAGGCAGGCACCUUCCACUGGCAACCAACAAUGCCCUCCACUCAUUACAAUACAAGCUCCGCCUCCCACAGGACUUUCACACUUGCACUGCCGAGUCUCACCAUCUCCUGCACCCCCAGCUAACCCAGUUCCUUCCGUGACCCCCAGCGCUUCUCAACAAGCUCCCCCCCAACCUGCCUCAGCCCCUCCACCAACCACCUCAACUCAUCGAGCUCCAUCCCCACCGACCAUAGCUCCUCCCCCUCCCUUGUCAUCUACUCCUGAAGCUCCUCCUCCCCCGACCCCCUCCACUUGUCAUCAAGCGCCACCUUCUUCGCCGGCCCCACCUUCUCAGACACCAGAGGUGGAGAGACGCUCAGCCACGCCAGGGGGCAGCAGGAAAGAGGUCACAUGGGAGGACCAACAAACAAAAGCAGCUAACGGUAUGAUGAAGGAUCCAGAAAGGAUGCGCGACGGUCUCUCGUUGAACUCGUCUCCCAGCAACUUGAGCGAAAUGUCUGCCGAGUCAGUUGUUGUCGACCACCUGCAAAGUGUCAGUCAAGCAGAAGCUCUGGAGAGUCCAGGGGUUUCGGAGGAUCCUUUAGGGACUGGAUCAACAGAAAAGAGCAUUCUGCAGAACAGCGAAUCGAUGGAGGAAGGAGAGGAGGAGCCUGAGUCGUCAAAGGUAGCAUCAGCGCCUGCCAACAAACCUGCCAGUGCGGCCGGCGACAUUUGUUCUCUGAGCCGUAAUGACGACGACGACGACGACAAGAAGCGCCGAUCCAGUUUGGGCGCUCGUGUGAUGGGAAUGGUCGGACUGGGAAAGAAGAGCCAAAGUACCUCGCAAAUCAAUCCAGAGGAGGAAGAAAAGAAGAAGAAGGUGGUGAGACUUCCUGUUCAGAGGAGCGUGGAAACCGGACUGGCUGUGGAGUUUAAGUCUCGCUUCACACGACAGCCAAGUCGCGAUCCUGAUGCGGAGGACCCAAAGCCCGGAGCUUUGAUCUUCCCGGGAGUCAAGCUGGCCACCGACAAACACUUCACCGGCUUCCUUGAUGGGUUAGGCCCAGCCCAGCUGGCUGGGAGGCAGACGUUGGCUACACCUCCCAUGGGAGACAUCCAAAUUGGAAUGGUCUACAGGAAGGAGCGUCUCGACGUGGAGGUGAUCCGGGCCAGGGGGCUUGUGGGUAAACAAGGCAACAAAAAUACCCCAGCUGCAUAUGUGAAGGUCUACCUGAUGGAUAACGGCAAAUGUUUGCUGAAGCGAAGAACUCGUCUGGCUAGAAAGACCCUGGAUCCUCUUUAUCAACAACAGCUGCAGUUUGAAGAGAAUCCAGAAGGCAAAGUUCUACAGAUCAUUGUGUGGGGGGACUACGGCAAGAUGGACCAUAAAUCCUUCAUGGGUGCUGCUCAGGUUCUACUGGAUGACUUGGACCUGUCCAUCAUGGUGAUUGGCUGGUUUAAAUUAUUUCCUGCUACAUCCUUGGUGGACCCCGCCUUGGCCCCACUGACCAAUAAAGAGACCGAGGGCAUCUGCACGCCGUAGAACUAAAAACCCGGGUGCCCAUGGAAAAGCGUACCCUCCGCUGUGGUCGUCACGCAUCCUGAGAAGCUGAGGAGAAGGACGUGUGAUCGACGUUUGCAGGCAAAUCACAGCUACUGGUUCAUUGCCUGCAUCAAAAGCAAGAGGAUUAGCAUGCUAGUUACAAUAAGGGAUAGUGGCAGAGGAAGGACAUGUAAUGUGACAAAUCAGACACUUACUGCCAGAUUGUGUUCUUCAGGUCAAGGUCACAUCUGAAAAUAAAGAUUGUCAAUGUUUUCAAUUCCAGUAGCUCUUUUCUUCUCUGGAACCUGACAACAUUGAGAAUCAGUGAUUUAUUCUAUAAAUGUACUUUCUUUACCUUUGGCCUUCACAGUAUUGAGGGGCAGCAAACGCCUAUGUUCUUCCGCCAUUUGUCCCUAUUUUCUAAAUCAUUUCCCCCAACUCUAGCUCACGGCAGGUCUUCCCUGGCCACAUCUGUAAAUCUCCUCUUUGGUCUUCUGUAGUUACAAUCUUGUGAUCAUUAUACCUCCUCUUUAAAAAAAAAAUGCAAACAAACUAGGCAUUUAAAAGUUUAAUAAUUCAGUUUCCAAAAAUCUAAGGAAAACAUCAAACAAUCAUGCAGGUCAAAGAACGCAAUUAGAAUAACAGUAAGAAUAAAUAGUGCAAGUACCAAAGCCAGGAACACUAAAAAAAUACUUAUCGGCCAUUUCCAUGACAUCAAGGACCUUUUUUUUUUUUUUUUUUGAAAACACUACCUUUGUCUUUCUGCUUAACCACAUCAAGUGGUGCAGUCCAAUGUAGGGAGAUGAAAACAGUUUUU